AUGUUUGAAAACUCUUCCGCGUUACAGUUAUGUCCUCUCUCUUUUCUGACCGUUGAAAGUGCUCCCCGACUCGGCACUAUGUCGUACCCAGACUCCGCUAUCGUUGGACCCUCAUCGCUAAUGGCGAAUCUCCCUCAUGGAUAUAAAGACACCUCGAAUAUCCUGAAGGCGCUCCAAGAUAACAAAGAAAAUGGGAACCAGUACCUUGUUCUGCUCGGACUCUCCAAGCGUGACAUCGAAAGACUUGAUGAUCGCGGCUUAUCCGGCUUAGACUAUCGCUUUCAAUUAGAGGGAACUGUUGGACUCAUCAAAGUGGUCCUAUCGCAUGCAUACGACGCCACUACCGAUCUCGUCACCCGGACUAUCGAUAUAUACUUAAUCGCGAUGGGAAUCCCCUUAGUCGAUAGACAAUGGGCUAUGUCAACAACCUACAAACCUACCGCUAGCAAGGGCAAGCAGGCUGACCAAUAUUUCACCCCGCCGUGCCGCAGUGCCUCCCCUGGACAACCUAUCGGCUGGCCAACAUUCGUGAUUGAAACGGGUGUUUCGGAGUCUUUGCCGCGGCUCCGCGAAGAUGCCAAAUGGUGGUUUAAUAACUCCGGCGGAGAAGUUCGGAUAGUGUUAGUUAUUGGCAUUCGGCGAACCAAAGUCGAGUUUGAGCUUUGGGAAUUAGCCCCGCCAAAUUCACCCCGCCCUCUCACGCGAGGCUACAUCGACUCCCUACGCCAGCGAUAUCUACCGCCUCUUGUUCAGCAGACUGCAGGUUCCCAACAGAUGUACUCUCACCAUAAGGUCGAGGUCACCUCAAGUGGCGUUGUAGGUGCCCCUCGAGUUGACAACGCCCCUAUGGUGCUUCCAUUCGAGGCUCUCUAUAAUCGGCCACCAGGAGUCAUGGAGGGUGAUUUGGUUCUUGGUGAUCAAAACUUUAAAGACUUUGUGGGAACCUUUCUGUGA